AUGCAGCUGCCGUGCCGGAGCUGGGCGCUGGCGCUGCUCACCCUGCUCGUGGGCUUCCUCAUCUUCGUGGACAUCUCGGAGCUCGAGGAGGAGGAGACCGGGAAUUCUGGAGGCAGAGGUACAAUCAGAUCAUCUGUGAACAGCUUACAUAGCAAAUCUAAUAGAGCCGAAGUAGUAAUAAAUGGCUCUUCAUCUCCAGCUGUUGUUGACAGAAGUAAUGAAAGCAUUAAGCACAUUAAACCAGCUUCAUUCAGAUGGAGACACAACCAGACACUCUCUUUGAAGAUCAGGAAACAGAUCUUGAAGUUCCUGGAUGCAGAGAAGGACAUCUCGGUGCUGAAGGGGACCCUGAAGCCCGGGGACGUCAUCCACUACAUCUUUGACAGGGACAGCACCAUGAACGUGUCCCAGAAUCUCUAUGAGCUGCUGCCAAGGACGUCGCCCCUGAAGGGCAAGAACUUCCGGACCUGCGGCAUCGUGGGCAACUCGGGGAUCCUGCUGAACAGUGGCUGCGGGAGAGAGAUCGAUGCUCACAGCUUCGUGAUCAGAUGUAAUCUGGCCCCUGUUCAGGAAUAUGCCUGGGACGUGGGGAUGAAGACAGACCUUGUGACUAUGAAUCCCUCUGUCAUCCAGCGUGCCUUCGAGGACCUGGUGAACGAGACCUGGCGGGAGAAGCUGCUGCAGCACCUCCACAGCCUCAAUGGCAGCAUCCUCUGGAUCCCCGCAUUCAUGGCCAAAGGGGGCAAGGAGCGCGUGGAGUGGGUCAACGAGCUCAUCCUCAAGCACCGCAUCAAUGUCCGCACCGCCUACCCCUCGCUGCGCCUGCUGCACGCCGUCCGAGGGUACUGGCUAACAAACAAAGUGCACAUAAAACGACCAACCACUGGCCUUCUCAUGUACACCCUGGCCACCCGCUUCUGCAACAGGAUCUAUCUCUAUGGCUUCUGGCCUUUUCCCCGGGAUCAGAACCAGAACCCUGUCAAAUACCACUACUAUGACAGCCUGAAGUAUGGCUACACCUCCCAGGCCAGCCCUCACACCAUGCCCUUGGAGUUCAAAGCCCUAAAGACGCUGCACCAGCAAGGAGCCUUGAAACUGACUGUCGGAGAGUGCGGUGGGGCCACGUAAGACAGGCUUCUGUGGCUCGCGUUCCUGCAGGCUAUACACCAUGGGAGAAAGGGGGAGCGGGAGAAAAGCCUGAGCAGUGGCUAGUGGGGUUGGUUUUCUUUGUUAACGUGCAGAACAGUGACAAAAAUAUAUAUACGUGGUGCCUAUAUAUAUUGACCUGAGUAUUAUAACUGUUUGGUGUUCGGUGACAGACAAGUUACAGGAGAGUCGGAAGCUGCUGCCCAGGCUCAAGGCUUUGCCUGGGGCUGGUUAGGCUCAGAAAGAAGUUAGUUCUACAACAUCAAAAAUGCUUGAAGGUCACCUUCGUUCUUCAGAGUGCUUGAGGGUGAUGGAUAAACUUUAGGCCAUGUGUGUGACCGGUCCAAGGUGGGUAGUUAAGGUCUAUUUGGCCAAGAACCCAGGUGCUGGCACUUCUCAGUAUUCUUGGCUUAGUGCUAAUAAUGGGGUUGUGGCGGGAGCGGGGAGGGAGAUUUUGUUUGUGGCUAAACAGCUGAGAGGUUGCCUGAGUGACUGGACAGGAACUGAGACAUGCAGCAGAGCGCCGUGGUCCCUUCUCUGCAGCGGAGCUACCUUACUGCCUCCCGGUGAAUGGCCCACGACAUCAUCCAGAUGGUCACCAGUUCAGCUCUAUCCCACGUGGUUUGGUGAGAAGGAUGCUGCAAUCAGAGCAGCCUGUUUGGAAAGGCCACUGGACUCUGGACAGAGCCCUUGAGAUGCAGCGUGAGACUCACCCUAGUGACUGACUCCAGGAGACACCGGAGGGGGAUCUCAAAGGCAGGCUGAUUUGAAUGAGGUUUGCUGUCAAAGGAGUUCCAGGAGCAGGAGACAACACAGGGGCUAGUGAAGAUCAGACUGGGCUGAUGGUCUCAGAAGGACGCUGUGUUUGUUUUUUAAUUCCUAUCCUACACAACUAAUAGAAAAAGCAAAACCCCUGGAACAUACCAAGUGGGCAAACCAGUGCAGUCAGUGCUAAGUCUUACACUGUGCCGGAGUCAAAGGGACCCAGCAUCUGCCAGAGCUCAUGAAAACCAUAAGCACAUUGUAACUCUUGGUUCCCAAUCACUACCUGUUAAACAGCCGUUUCUCCUUCCUGCUCCAAAAUUCAUAAUGGGCCUAAGUCUCAUCUAAGUAGAAAGCUCAAAAGUGAGGGUUUAAAAGGACCCUGUCAACAUUAAAUCAUACAGGGGACAUUCACGUCCGAGCAGAGAACCACCAUGAGGCCUGUGGACUACUUAAGACCCAGCUAAUCUUUAUUUUGAAGACUUAGGUAGGACUUAAGUGGUACUGUAUAUAGCUAUCAAGCUGGCCCUCUGCACACGGGUGAAUUUCACCCAUAGUUUAAAUAAAUCAGUCCCUUCCCUGCAUUACUAUUACUACUUACAGUAAAAUGAGUGACGUCAUUCUUAAAAAAACAAGUUUGCUUUCCACUUUUUUUGUUUGUUUGUUUGUCAGUGAGACUAGAUUGAUCUGGUUAGUCAAUUUCACUUCCCGUUUCUAUUCCAGUUUCCUUUCCUAACUCUCCUUUGGCAGCAGAAAGCAGUUGGUUUGGGGUACAAAGAAUACAGAAGGUUUAAUUUCAACUGCAACAGUAACAAAUGGCAUUACAGAAUUUUGUCUUUAAUUGUGAAAGAGUUCCUGUUUGUAUUAGGUUUUUUGUUAUCUACAUGCCUACAUUGUGGGGUUAAACUACUUGACAUUGUCCCUGUGAAAUCUGAGUGCCGGCCUCCAUAACUUUUAAAAGAUAAAACUAUAUGUCAUGUUUAUGAACAAAAAAUUGCCAUGCUUGUAAGACUGUUAGUCUGCUAAUUAGUGUUCAACCUGAUUCACAUUAAGGUGCAGGUAACCAUUAUGGAUUAACCUGCCUGUAGGAGA